CCCCUCGGGCCAGGCUGUCACAGAGCCGGCGGGAUGGGGGGAGCACCGUGACCCCCGAGAGCUCCGUGACUCUCCGCUGCUCCCCUGCCGCAGGCCGCUCCAGGCUCCCUCUCCCCCGUAAACCAUCUGCCCGCCCGGCUCCGGUUCUCACGGUCUCCUGCCAGCCCUGGUCCCCCCUCCCGCGGCCUGGGCCCCGGCUCCGAGCCCCUGCGGUCAGGCCACGGGCUGCGCGGGGGAGCCCUGAAACCACAGCAGCGCUUUGGGCGCUGAGCCAGGAUGUCUGGGCAGAGGGCAGAGCCGGCAGCCCUCGUCCGGGGUGGAGGUGGCACCAUGCAGCAGGAGGGGGAGAAGAGCCGGGUCCGGCCCAGGAAGCCUGACAUGGCCCUCUACGUGCCCAAGGCGCGACGGGAGAUGGCAGCCCAAGGAGCAGGCCCUGCCAGUGGUGCGUGGACCAUGGGGAGCCGGAGGGAGGAGGAAAACCGCCACGUGCUGCAGAAGGAGGGCGCCAAAGGCAGCUGUGAGAGGCAGAGCCCCAGCGCUGGAGCCCGCGAGCCCGUGGCCAGAGAGGGGAGGAGGUCGGAGGGGAAAACAAGGAAGCGCGUACCCCCAGGGGACAGGAAACGGGGCAGCGUCCCAGGGCAGUCCCAAGGAGCCUCUGCUGAGGGCUGGGAUCAGCGUCACACACGCCACCAAAACCAUCUGGCCCCAGAGGAGCAGCCGUGUGCGCGGCUGGAAACAAACCUCCACAGUGAACAGCCCAGCCCUCAGGAGCCCUGCCUGGAUCAGGCUCCCGCUCGGCCAGGGGGCAGUGAGGAGCAGGUGCCCAGCAAGCCAGGGCUCAGAGAGCUAAGCCCAAGGUGCUGGGAUUCAAGGACAGGUACUGGACCUUGUUCCCAUCUGUUGGUGGAAACAUCUAGUCCCCUGCUUGUGCCACCACGUGGAGGGGAGGAGCAGGCACAAGAGCAGAGGCGUGGGGGCCCGCUGGCCCGGCUAGGCACUUCCUCUCAGCCUAGGAAUGAGAGCAGUGAUGAAAUAUCAGAGCAGGCAGCGGGGAGCACAGGCGGCGCAUCUGAAUGUGCAGGCAAGAGCAUCCCAGCUCCGAGCGGGGAGAGCGCAGGAAGCGCGUGCGAGCUCAGAGGGGAGGGUGCCGCAGAUCCGAGCGGGGAGAGCGCAGGAAGCGCGUGCGAGCUUAUAGGGGAGGGUGCCACAGAUCAGAGCAGGGAGAGCACAGGAAGCGCGUGCGAGCUUACAGGGGAGGGUGCCACAGAUCCGAGCGGGGAGGGUGCCGCAGAACCAAGCCGGGAGAGCGCAGGAAGCGCGUGCGAGCUCAGAGGGGAGGGUGCCGCAGAACAAAGCCGGGAGAGUGCAGGAAGCGUGUGCGAGCUUACAGGGGAGGGUGCCGCAGAUCUGAGCGGGGAGAGCGCAGGAAACGCGUGCGAGCUCAGAGGGGAGGGUGCUGCAGAACAAAGCCGGGAGAGUGCAGGAAGCGCGUGCGAGCUUACAGGGGAGGGUGCCGCAGAUCCGAGCGGGGAGAGCGCAGGAAACACGUGCGAGCUCAGAGGGGAGGGUGCUGCAGAACAAAGCCGGGAGAGUGCAGGAAGCGCGUGCGAGCUUACAGGGGAGGGUGCCGCAGAUUCAAGCGGGGAGAGCGCAGGAAGCGCGUGCGAGCUUACAGGGGAGGGUGCCGCAGAUCAGCCGUGCGGGAGGGCAGGCAGCGUGUCUGACAGCAAGCGGGGGAGCACUGCUGUCUGUCCAGAGCAGGGGUGUGGCCAGGAGGGAGGCAUGCCUGAGCGUGCCAGGGCGAGAGCGCACAGCACAGCCCCUAGGACAGACUCUGGCCCUGGGGCCCUACCGGAGCGUGUGGACAAGGCCAGAGGCAGCGCACCGCUCUGUGGGGAGGAGAUGGCCUGCGGCUCAGGCUACUGUGCGCUGGGGGACACCGAGCACUCGCCAGCUCAUGGGAGCAGGGAGCACAGCCAGUCUCCGGAGAUCCUGGGCAGCUGCUCGGCAGAGAGCCUGGCUGAGGAGCUGGACUGUCCAGGCGGGGUGGCGAGGCCAUUACAUGGCUUGCGAGCUGAUGGAGAGCCUGGGACGGAAAGGGAGGAUGAUGGUGGUGUGAGCGAAGGCGGCAUGUCCUGCUGGGACAGCAACACGGAAGGGCCUGAGCAGCCCGGUGCCGGAGCCCGGAGCGACAGCAGUGCUGCGGCAGAGGGGAGCUGGGACUCGCUGUUUAACGCCGAUGGAGACUGCCUGGACCAGCGCCUGCUGGAAGAGCUGUUGGGCGGUGAAAAGCCCAGGAGCAGCCUGCAGGAGCCCCGCUUCGACUACUCCGGCUGGCAGCCUGCUGAGCUGGACCUCAGUGACUCGGAGCUGCCCCAUGUCAUCGAGAUCUACGACUUCCCGCAGGACUUCGGCACCGCUGACCUGCUGCACAUCUUCUGCGGCUACCAGAAGAAAGGCUUUGACAUCAAAUGGGUGGACGACACGCACGCACUGGGCAUCUUCUCCAGCCCCAUCGCAGCGCGCGACGCCCUGAGCAGCAGGCACGUGAUGGUGAAGACCCGGCCCCUGGCGCAAGGCACCAGAGCAGCCAAAGCCAAAGCCAGGGCUUGUGCUGACUUCCUGCAGCCAGCGAAAGAGCGUCCGGAGACGUCUGCGGCCCUGGCCCGGAGGCUGGUGAUCGGAGCCCUCGGAGUGCGGAGCAACCAGAGCCGAGCCGAGCGCGAGGCCGAGCGCAAGAAGCUGCAGGAGGCCCGAGAGAGAAAGCGCCUGGAGAACAAGCAGCGGGAGGACAUCUGGGAAGGCCGGGACUGAGCCAGGGCUGCAGCGGAGACGACCGGAGCACCCAGGGCUGCUGGCAGGCACAUGACGGGGGGGCACUGUGGUGCCAUGGGCUUCAGAUGCCAGUGCAGCCCAGUGCCAGCUGCACCCACACAGGCUGGCCAGGCUGCGUCAGAGGGGGGAAGGGGAGAGGCCUGUCUGGAGCCUGGCGCGGGGGAAGAGGGGUCUGGCUGACAAAACACAGCAGCUGUUUGUAUUAGGACUCUUAGUGGGGGAGCCUGGCAGGCCCUGCCGCCGGCUGUGUUCACCCCUGGAGGGGGGUGGGGGCUGGCAGGCCCUGCUGCCGGCUGUGUGCACCCUGGAAGGGGGCCUUGGCCUGCCCCGUCCCCGUCCCUUGCCCUUUGAGACCCUGGAGCACGGGGAGUCAGUGAUCUGGGGCAGGAAGGGUUUGAAUGCUGGGCUGGGGCAGCGAGAGCUCAGCUGAGUCUGGUGGCUGUGCCCUGUGCCUGGCACUGCCCAGGUUGUGCUGGUGCUGGGUAACGCUGCCCUGACACACUGGCUGCAGCCUUGUUUGCUGCUGGGAACGUGGCCUCCAGGCUGCCCAGCUCACUCUCAAGAUGGUAACCCCCUUGCUCCCUGCAGCAGCCUGGACCAAACAGCCCUGGGCAGCGGGAGGGGAUUUCGCAGGACUCUGCGUGAGCUGUGCUUUGGUGAGCCAUGCCGUGCUGUGCUGUGCCGAGCCGAGCCAACGCAGCCUGGGGGCGUGCCAAGCAUGAGUGAGUGAGAAGCCGUGUGAGAUGGAGAUUCCCUGUCCUUUAUUUUGCUAUUAAACUGCCUGGUUUUUACACUG